UUGACAGGUGGUUCCCCACAUCACACGCAAUUCCGCGAAGACCUGACGUGCUUGACGCUUGUGCUUGACGUUUUGUGAUUGUGAGGUGUUGACACUUUUCUCAAAGGUGAUAACGGCUGCUGCUUGUGAAGUGAAGUGAUGUCUAACAUCACCAUUAUUGUUUGGUGAUGUUAGUGGCACGGGAGAGACCUCGCUGGCUAGGCAAGUGCAGGAGACUAUAAGCUGCCGUGGAUGAGCGCUCAUACCCAGAGCUUAGAUUUCACUAUCUCCGUCGCAGUGACACACAGCCAGUUUUAGCGCAGCGCUGACGGCUACACAUCAAUUUUGACUGUAAUGAGACUUGAACGAAUAUCAUAAAAGUGCCAAAGAGUUUUUUUUACAGUGAAACGAAUCAUUAUUAUAUUCGCGCAAAAUAAGAAUUCCCUAACCAUUCGAAUAAUGCAUUAUGUGUAUAUGCUGCCACGCCGAGCAUUUCAAGUUUGACAUUUUGCCCCGAGGGGCGAGGUAAUUGGGCAGUAGAGUGAUUUAUAUAGCAGAGACGGGUAAGGGGGGGGUCAAAGGUGCUUGGAAGUGUAUUGAAACCACAGUGAUUCAAAGCGGUAGUUAAGGAAAACAAUCAGCACCAUGGAGCAGACAGUGUUAGGUGGGGGAGUGUCCCUGCCUGCGACCCCGGGCACAAUGGUGUCCCUGGGGCCGUCCCUGGCCACCCUGGCGCCCCUAGAGCCCCCCAGGGGGUCACCAUACCCAGGGCUUCUCUCCGGGUCAGAAUGGGCACUUCUGGAAACCACUGACAUCACACGAGACUAUGGUGGGCUGUUUUCCUCCUCGCUUGUAGAAUACGGCCUACCGCCCAUUCUGCCACGCACGCCCACGCCCCACGACGCCCUCCACCCAUCCCACGACCUCACCUAUCCUAUGCACUACAUCACCCCCGCCGACUAUCCGGCUCCUCUAACGCCGGAAAGUGACCCACCGUCAGAUGGCAGCGGGUCCCCGACCUCGUCCCCACCGACGUCUCACCUGCUGCCCUCCGCUCAUUCCUUCACCUCGGCUGCCCACUACGUGUCCACCUCACAAUUCACAAACUAUCUACCGAGCCACGCCGCCUUCAGCAGCCUAUCCCCGCCUACCGACGACCUAGUUACGCUGUCCUCCGUCCUACCCAGCAACCACGGGAGCGAUCAGACCUCGUCCCUAGGCAGCCUGCUGCCCCUAGCAGGGCCUAGCGCCGGAGAAAUGACCUUUGGGGCACUCAACGGAGAUGUAUUGACCUCCUUGGGGUCACUAGUUAGUGACCAUCGCGCGGAACUCUCCCACCACCACUCCGAAAACACAGAAGAGGCGCUGAAGGCAGACCUGCUGGGCAAGCCGAGGAAGGAGCGGACCGCCUUCACCAAACACCAAAUCCGAGAGCUGGAGGCUGAGUUUCAGCAUUCCAACUACCUCACCAGACUCCGCCGCUACGAGAUUGCCGUCUCGCUUGACCUCACCGAGAGACAAGUAAAGGUAUGGUUCCAAAACCGACGGAUGAAGUGGAAGCGGACUAAGAGCGGACAGCUGGCUAUGAAACGGCAGCAGCAGCAGCAACAGCAGCUGGAACAGCAUCAUCUGGAAAAACAGCAGCAGGAGGAGACGAGUUCAUCCCCGAACCAGGAGGCUCCAAAGCCUCAACCUGAAGACACAAAACUCCUGCUACAAGCUGUUCAACAGCCACCCAUCACCAGUAACCUUAGAUGCAGCAACGAAAACAGCAACAUUCCUGAUACGAACAGCAGCAGCAGCAGCAGCGACAGUACUGACAGCACGCAGCGUGACCCAGUACUCACUCAUCAUGGAGUUUUGGAUGGUCCAUCCACUCCUCCGACACUCUCCUCCACUGACCUCCAAGGAGGUCACCUCCAGAACCCCUACCGGAGCCUCCACCACGCUCCUGCACCACCAUCCUCGCCCCUAUCCACCACCCCUCUUCCUGGCCCUCUGGAGGAUAGUGGUACGUUCACUAGCCUUCAACAAGACCUGAGAGACACAAGCCCGUACCUUCAGGAAGAUGAGACUUGCUAGUAACACACGUAUUGCUUCGCUUCUCUUUAUUAUUUUUCACUUCUAACUCAUUCUAACUCGUAGAUUAGCUAAUUUCAUAUUUAUUUAUACGAUUACAACAUAAGCUGAAUUAUUAGUAUAACAGGUGUUCAUGAUUCUCAAUGGUUGAUUUUGAUUGGUCUCAGAGUGCGAGUAUAUCCUCCCAGCCAAGGCCGCAGACUCGAUAACACAACGGUUAUCAAACUUAUUUCACUCCUGUUAUCUCUGAAUGUUAUCACGCUUGUUCAUUGCUAAAAAAUUAUCUCGAAAAAUUUCUAAGGAACUGUGGUAUUUUGUAGGAUUUUGGAUGUAAUAUUAUAUGAAAAACAUGCAUAUAUUCUGAUAUUAUGAUGAUAUCUAAUACAAUAUACUGCAGAAUAUUAAAACAAUCUUAUACAAUAUAUUACAUAACAUAUUCGCAUACCUUGUAAAAUUGUAGCUUCCUUACCCACCGGUUAGAAAUAGAAAAUAAUUAUGACUAGUUCUGGAAAUAAAGUUAAUAUUUAAUUUGUAAAAAUUUAUGAUUAUAUUCUAAAAAAAUUGACCUAAAUAUUCCUGUUUUUGCAAUUCAAAUAAUGAACUAGAAGGUACCCAGUUUUUUUUUUUGCAAGUGAUCCUGAGCCUGCAAUCCUGCCGCUAUCUUUCCCCAUAAAUUCUAUAUUAUUCCCGUGCAAUAUACAUGAUUAUUGCAAGGCCUUCAAUACCCAUUACCGAUUCUGCCAGAAAUCUUCACACUUAACAUCUCCAUACAGUUGUGCAAUACGCGCCAUGAUCUACUAUAUCAACAUAAAUUUCAAACUAGAUUACGAAACUUUUGUAAGUUUCAAAAUCCAGCUAGAUUGCCAGCUAGAUUACGAAACUUUUCUCAUAAUAAGAAAUAAUUUGAAUGACAUUAUAGGCCUAUAUGCAUAUAUAUAUAUAUAUACCAAAAAUGUGUAACUACCAGCCUCGUUUCUUAAUUUAGAGUGUGAUAAUUAUUACAUAUUUGUUUUGUAACGUGUAAAAUCAUAUGUGGAUGGUAUAGACAAUUUGAAAACAGUAUGGUAAUCUUUUAAUGUGUUAUUGCUCACUGUUUUCUCAGAUAAUAUAAUAAUUAUAUAUUAUAUAAGUUCGAUUUUUUUUACUAAAAAAUUUGUAGUUCAGUAUUUAUAUUCUUCUUUUUAUUUUGUAAUAUGCAGUGUGAGAACAGACUCUGUGUGUCUAUUCAAUUUAAAUUGUUUUGGCUUGAAUAUGAUAUUAUAUUCUUGAGUGUGCAAAU